UUAUAUUUGACUAAAUGUUCACUUGUUUCUACCUCACACACCAACCCUUACUUCACCUAAAGAAAAGUAUAAAGAUUGAAAAGUCUUUGUUCAAAAUCAAAAGAUGGACAAGUCAACAUUCAACUAUUGAAAUAUUUUCACUACUAUUAAAUAAGUUCCCAAUGUUCAUCAAUUCUUAAGAUUUUGUGUCUUUUCAUAGAAUUUGCUCCCUAAGAAUCACCUACAUUAAUUAACUAAUUAAUUCAAAAAUGUGUAGCUUAGAGAAAAAAGGCAACAUCUUCAUCCUAACACUAACCGGCAACAACGAACAUCUUCUCAACCCUACACUCCUCACUUCCAUCAAAUCUGCCCUCCACCGUGUCCGUCAAGAAGCCACCACCUCCUCCGCCCUCAUCACCACCGCUCAUGGCAAAUUCUUCUGCAACGGCUACGACAUCGACGAGGCUGAAUCCAUGAACAAUGAUCGUAUCAUCCUCAUCGACGACUUACUCCGUUCCGUCGUCUCCGAUCUCAUCUCUCUCCCUAUGCCUACCAUCGCCGCCGUCACCGGUCACGCUUCCGCCGCCGGUUACAUUCUCGCACUCGCUCAUGACUAUGUUUUGAUGCGAUCCGAUAGAGGUUUUCUCUACAUGAGCGAGCUUGACAUUGAUCAUGUUCUUCCGGCUUGGUUUAUCGCCGUCGUUGAUGCUAAGGUCGGAGCACCUGCGGUACGCCGUCGGAUCCUGAUGCAGGCGGAGAAGAUGACUGCUGAGGAGGCGGUGCGGGUGGGGAUAAUCGACUCGGCACAUGAUAGCGUUGAGGAGACGGUUAAGGCUGCGGUUGGUUUGGCCGUUGAUUUGGUGAAGCGUGGAUGGGAUGGACAUGUGUACGCUGCGAAUCGGAAGAAGAUUUUGGGUCACGUGAUUAGGGCCGUUGAAGAUACUACUGAGAGAAACAUUGGAUCCAAACUUUAAUUAUCAGAGGUUUCGGUUGUUGGGCUCACUUUACUACAAGAAAAAUAGAAUAAGAAAGCUUUAAUUGAAGUUAUGGUCCUCUAUUUUAGUUGAAUUGCGAAAAUAGUCUUUCUAUUUUAUUUCUUUUCAGUUUUUAUCCUUCAAAUAUAAUUUUAGUUCAAAAUUUGAUGAAUUUUUUUUUCAUUUAUUUAAGUCACAUCAUGACACAAGAUCUUGUGGUGCAAUAAUUAUACCUGCAUUUUAUUAUUAUAAAUAGUGUGGUGUGACUUUAAAAAAUGUCAAUUCAUCAAGUUUUGGACCAAAAUUUUGUUUGGGGACUAAAAUUGGGGAGGAAUAAAAUAGGGGGACUACUUUCGCGAUUCAACUAAAAUAGGGAGACCAAAACUGCAAUUAAUCCAAUAAGAAACUUUGGGUUUUAGUGAAAAUAAUGGUGCCAGAUUAACUACUAAAUACUAUAAAUAGUAGUUUGAAAUCUAUAGGAAAUAUACAUAACCAAUAUUGGUUUAAGCUAAUAGUUUCAAAGAAUCAUUUUCUCCUUAUGUAAUUGAAGCACGUUCUCUAUUGUCAACAAUCUAUCUUCUUGAAAUAUUUUUCUUUU